AUGCUGCUUUCGCGGCGGGUUGUGUUCUUCGUUAGAGGUUCCGAACUCAGUCACUACAUUCCAUCAAGACAACGUUGGAUAUCCUCCACAUCACAUCUCAACUCCUCAUGGAUGGACAAGGUCAAAGGCGUCUUCACCGGUAAAAUGACUGCUUCUGACACCGCCACCGCAGAGUCAUUCACAUUGCUCCGUUGGGACUUGAAGGGAUUAAGUUUCAAGUAUGGUAAUGAAUGUGUUAACGGUGGGUUGGUCUUAGAAAAGUUUUGGGAUUUAGUGGUGAUUAGGGAAUAUGUCAUUGGGAAGAAGAGGGAAAAGUUGAAUAUUCAAACUAGUCAAAAGCAAGAGGCAGCGAACCAAUGUUAUUGCACAAUAGCAGAUGUUGAAAAUACUUUAGCAAAGUUUACCUGGGCAAAAGAAGCUCAGAGAAAAAUUGAAAAGUUAAAGGAGGAAGGCAAACCAAUGCCAAAGAGCUUGGCUGAGGUUCUAGCUUCAUUAACUGGACAAGUCCUUUCUGCUAUCUUUACUUUCUUAACAAAUUUUGCCUAUGUUGCUUUAUAG